AUGGAUCCUAAUACCAUCGACCCGCCUGCUCAGUCUACGUGCACUUCUUGUAUUUAUACCGAGGACACCAGUAACUACUGGACGGCCCCGAUUUACUUCAAGUCGCCUGAGAAUGGGACAUAUAAACGCGUCCCGCAAAUGGCGAACGGUCGCCUGAACGGAACUUUACUUGAGCAGGAAGGGGGACUUACCAUCUACUACAUGCGGCCGUUCAGUGGCAGUAACAAAAAGACGACUGUACCAAAACCCGGCUUCCGAAUGCUCGCAGGGGAUCCAACACUCCGCAACAAAACCGGCAAUUUUGCCAACAUCUGCCACCGAUGCCUCAAGGCAAGCGAACGCGUGAUGGGCGGCAACGGCGCUCCGUGCGACUCGAGCGACACAGCAGCCUUCCCUAACAAGAUGUGCCCCGGCGGUAUUCGGGCCACGAUCAUUUUCCCUUCGUGCUGGGAUGGCAAGAACCCAGACAGCCCAGACCACAAGAGCCAUGUAACAUACGCCCCUGGCUCCGCGCUGGCAGGCGAUAAGUGCCCAAGUACACAUCCAGUGCGCAUCCCUCAAGUCAUGUAUGAGAUCAUGUUCGAUACUACGCCAUUCAACAAUCCAAACUACUGGACAAAUGGCAAGCAGCCAUUUGUGUACAGCUUUGGUGAUCCCACCGGGUAUGGAGCCCACGGCGACUAUCUCUUUGGGUGGAAAGGAGACGCCCUCCAGCGGGCUAUGGAUGCCCUUGGGACCAAAUGCGCCAGCGAAGAUUGCACAAAGGUUCUAAAUAUCCAAGCUGGGAAAAGGCUCAAAGCACUCCCUGGUGAUAUGCAGGUUAUGUAA